AUGGUUGAUGAUGCUGGCCAGGCCCAAGGUGCCGUUGCUAACAACCCAAUGGCUUCGGCAAGUGUCACCGAUCGCGGAGGAGCUGUUGGUAAUAGCCAAGUUGCCGCUCCAGUCUCAAACCGACGCGAAGCCGCUGGCCACGGUCGAAUUCAGCCUGCAAUAGGUCGUCGUCAAGGUGCCGUUGGCCAAACCCAAGCCAAUGCUGCUGCAGUUAGUCACCAUCAAGAUGCCGUCCAAAUUGGUGCUACUAAUGGUCGAUCUUCUAUCAGUCGUGCUCGUGUCACUACUUCCACUAGUCGAAGCACAUUUUCGAGAACUGAUGAAGUUGAUACAUACAGCUCCUCGUCGGAGCGUACGGACGAGGAAAUGGGUUAG